UCCUGUACUCGUUUUGCUGUUUGGAAGAGAAUUUAUAUUCUAUUAAUACUUUACCAUAAACUCACAUACAUAUAUGUGGACAGAUAAACACAAAGUCAUCUCUUUAUAAUUUGCUAUCCAUCUCUUUAUAAUUUGCUAUCCAUCUCUCUCAUCCUCUUGCGGUAUUUCUUUCUCUGUCUUCCUCAAAAACUCGUCAUCGAUCUCUAGAUAUGGCAGAACUAAGUUUUUAUGUUGGAGUCAUAGGAAAUGUAAUAUCGGUGCUUGUCUUCCUCUCUCCUGUGGAGGCGUUUUGGAGGAUAGUGAGACGGAGAUCAACGGAGGAGUACGAGUGUUUGCCGUACAUUUGCACGUUGAUGAGUUCGUCGUUAUGGACAUAUUACGGAAUUGUGACACCUGGCGAAUACUUGGUCUCUACGGUCAAUGGCUUUGGAGUUCUUGCUGAAUCCAUCUACGUUCUCGUUUUCCUCUUCUUUGUCCCCAAACCAAGAUUCCUGAAAACGGUUGCUAUGGUUCUAGCUCUGAACGUGAUUUUCCCAAUUAUAGCGAUUGGAGGAACAAGAACUGCGUUUGACGAUGCAAAAAUGCGUUCUAAUUCGAUGGGUUUCAUAUGUGCCACUCUCAACAUUAUCAUGUAUGGUUCUCCUCUUUCCGCUAUUAAAACAGUUGUGACGACGAGGAGUGUGAAGUACAUGCCGUUUUGGCUGUCGUUUUUCCUCUUCCUGAACGGCGCGAUUUGGAGUGUCUACGCUUUACUCUUACACGAUAUUUUUCUACUAGUGCCAAAUGGAAUGGGAUUUGUGUUUGGGGCGAUGCAACUCCUAAUUUAUGCGUUUUACAAAAAUGCCAAACCAAACGUAGAAGAUGAAGAGGAAGUCCUCACACCAAGCCAACCUCUGCUCUCUUAACCUUAAAUUUGUUUAAAUGAAUACAGCAACAAUUUUUGUUUCCUCUCUUUUGGUGAGUGUUCGUUUUGAUAGCCACCUACUAACAAAACGUCAUCGUUUGUAAUUUCUGUAUCAUCUCCGAGUGAGUACAUGUGUGAUUGUGUCUAACUUACUUUGGAACAUGGGGCGUAUUAAUUCUAUUCAAUAUUUUGAUACCGUUGACAGUUUUGAUACCACACACACACAAAUGGCCAUAUAAAAACGGGAAAUUAUUUCUUACAUUUCGUAACAAUAUUAGACAAGCCAAACCUUGGAAUUAUAAACCGCAACGGGUACACAACUUUGAAGAAUGAGACAUAAACCCUAGACCUUAUUCAUGCAUAUGGUUUAACGCAUGCGCAAGUAAACAUAAAUUGGUCACGACACAAAAAAACAUAAUGGAAAGACACAGUAACCGAACAUAAAGUAUAGUUUGGAGUCACUAGUCACUAGUUACCUAGGAGAAAGCCGGUGGGGCCGAGGGUGACGAUGCGGAGGAUACCAGAGACGAUGUUUCCGACGGUGGUCAGAGGUGAGAGGAGUUGGCCGGUAGGAAGUGAGGCGUUGCAGGUGGAGAGAGGCGUCGUGACGGCGAGCUGACAAUCGGAGAGGAGUGAAGAAAGCAAAAUCUGAACUGGGUUUACAAGAAUCGCGAAUAUUCCGGCACCGUUCGUAGUCGACGCUGAGACUACGUUUCCCCCGCAUUGGAGCUGAACGCCCGCAUCUGGGAAAGCAGGAGCGGAAGCAUUGCCAUUGACCGAGCAACGAACAUUGCCUCGGAUAGUGAUGAGACCUAAAAGCCCACUAAGAUCCCCAAGGCCACCACCACCACCACCACCACCAAGACCACCAAGAAGACCACCAAGACCACCAAGACCACUAAGGAGACCACCAAGACCACCAAGCUGAGCUUGAGCCAUUGGAGACAUCACAAUAAGACACACCAAGAUCAAUGAGAAGGUUAUGUGUUUGUUCUUGAGCAUUGUCAUGUUCUUGGGGGACAAUUGUAUAUAUGAAAUGCUUUUCUUUUGUAUGUUGCUUUUUAGUUGUGGUUGUGAUAAAGUGUCUUCCCCCAUGCAGCUCUAUUUAUAGGACAAGUUUUGU